AUGGAUUCAGAAGUUACCUUCACUGCGCGGGCACCGCUAGUGUUCAACGGGGAAGGAUACCAAAUCUUGGCUGCACAUAUACAGGCUCAUUUGGAGUCAAAUGAUUUAUGGGAAGUAGUAGAAGAGGACUACGAAGUUCCUCAACUACCUGAAAAUCCAACUAUGGCGCAAAUCCGGAAUCACACCCAGAAGAAAACAAGAAAGUCAAAGGCAAAGGCAACACUCUUUUCCGCUGUCUCACAAGAAAUUUUUGUCAAAAUCAUGACAUUGAAAUCAGCCUAUGAAGUCUGGGAAUUUUUUAAGAAGGAAUACGAAAGAGAUGAAAGGAUCAAAGGAAUGAAAGUUAUGAACCUUUUGAGAGAGUUUGAGCUUCAAAGGAUGAAGGAAUCUGAAACUAUGAAAGAGUACUCUAACCGAUUGCUCGUAAUUGCAAACAAAGUAAGACUUUUUGGUUCUCAACUUUCAGAUUCCCGAAUAGUUCAAAAAAUUAUAGUAACUGUUCCUGAAAGGUUUGAAGCCACUAUAUCUUCACUUGAAAAUACUAAAGAUAUGCCAAGAAUGAGCUUGAUAGAAUUGACGCAAGCAUUGCAAUCACAAGAGCAAAGAAGGUUGAUGAGAUCUGAAGAAUCAGUUGAAGGGGCAUUAGUUGCAAAAAAUCAGAGUACUCAAGCUAAGAAAGGAAACUCAAAUUUUGAUUCUCACAGUACACUAAAGGGUACAAAGCCUAAUUUUCCUCCUUGCAAACAUUGUGGAAGGAAGGGACAUCCACCCUUCAAGUGCUGGAAACGGCCAGACCAGCCGUCUGAAUUUCCCCCUUGCAAUCAUUGUGGAAAGAAAGGGCAUCCACCUUUCAAGUGUUGGAAACGACCAGAUCAAAAGUGA